GAUGGCGGAGGUGAGCGCGAGCAGCGGCAGCAGUGACUCUUCCAGCACGGCGGAGGAGGAGCGCGUUCGGCGGCUGUUUCAGACGUGUGACGGGGACGGCGACGGGUUCAUUAACCGGAAUGAUCUGUUGAUGGUGUGUCGUCAGUUGAAUAUGGAAGACUCCGUCGCUGAGAUUAUGGGUCAGCUUGGCGCAGAUGAGCGAGGAAAGAUUUCCUUUGAAGACUUCACACGCUGUCGUAUGCAGCUGGUGAACGAGAUCCUCAAGGAAGAAAUACAACUAUCGCUCGUCUCGAGCGACUCUGACAAGAAGAAGCUUCAGGAACAUAUCGCCUCCCGGCCAACCAGCAGUGAGAAUAGUUUAGGCGCUCGUGAGAGUUGGGAAUAUGAUUCUGGAUCGCGAGACUUACAGAGUCCAGAUCUACAGUCAACAACAAAACAUCAGCAGAACUCACCGCUGCUCCACAAACUUCUAGAUCAAGCCAAACUUUUGGAUCCUUCAGCUGGACUCCACAAGCUCUUGUCUACACCUCCUGUCACCCGCAGCGACACGUUGGGCGGAAGUUACCUGGAAUUGGCCAAUACCCUGCAUCUGGCUGCGCUGGCAUCUCUGAAGGGAGACGUGCUGGAACUGAAACAGCGACUGCUGCAGACAGAGAGAGAGAGAGACACGCUGGAGAAGAGACUGGCAAAAGCACAGUGUGAGCAGUCGCAUCAGCUGCGGGAGCAUGAGGAUGUGCAGGAGAGAACGACGCUGCGUUACGAGGAGCGAAUCACAGAGCUGCACAGCAUCAUCGCUGAACUCAACAAGAAGAUAGACCUGCUGCAGGGCACCACAAUCAGGGAGGAGGAUGAGUUUUCAGAGUUGCGAUCUGAUCUCAGUCAAAGUCAACAGGAAGUUAAUGAGGACGAGCGGAGUGUUGAUCAGGACCCUGACCAGGCGUCUGUGUCACUGCCUGAAAACCAGUCCACACUGGUCACUGCAGACAUGGAUACCUGCAGUGACCUGAACUCAGAGCUGCAGCGGGUUCUCACGGGGUUGGAGAGCGUCUUGUGCGGCCGUAAGAAGAGUACGUGUAGCUUGUCUGUGGCCGAGGUGGACAGACACAUCGAGCAGCUGACCACCGCCAGCGAACACUGUGAUCUGGCCAUCAAGACGGUGGAGGAAAUCGAGGGUGCCCUGGGUCGUGAUUUUUACCCCAGUCUGUGUGAGGAGCGCGUGCGCUGGGAGAAGGAGCUCACUGGACUUCGGGAGGAGAACGAGAGUUUAGCGGCGAUGUUGUGCAGUAAAGAAGAAGAUCUGAACCGCACCAAAGCCACCAUGAACGCCAUCAGAGAGGAGAGAGACCGUCUGCGUAGACGUGUGCGUGAGCUGCAAACACGUCUUCAGAGCAUUCAGCCCGGCGGUCCGUCCAGUCCCGGCCGUCUGACCCCAGCGGGUCGACCCAUCAACCCCAGCACAGGAGAACUCAGUACCAGCAGCAGCAGCAACGACAUCCCUGUCGCCAAGGUGGCGGAGCGAGUGAAGCUGUCUAAGACACGAUCAGAGUCGUUAUCAGCAGAGAGAUCCAUCCUGGGCUCUGAAAUCAGCAGCAUCGGGGUAUCCAGUAAUGUGGCGGAACAUUUGGCUCAUUCUCUGCAGGACUGCUCUAAUAUCCAGGAAAUCUUUCAGACGCUGUACUCACACGGAUCUGCGAUCUCUGAGAGCAAGAUCAGAGAGUUUGAGGUGGAGACAGAACGACUCAACAGUCGUAUCGAGCACUUGAAGUCUCAGAAUGAUUUGUUGACGAUCACGCUGGAGGAGUGUAAGAGUAAUGCCGAGAGAAUGAGUAUGUUAGUGGGAAAAUAUGAAUCCAACGCCACAGCGCUCAGACUGGCCCUGCAGUACAGUGAGCAGUGUAUCGAGGCGUACGAGCUGCUGUUGGCGCUGGCCGAGAGUGAACAAGGUUUGGUUUUGGUUCAGUUCAGAGCUGCUGGAGUCACUGCUGUGGGAGAGCAUGCAGGAGAGGAGAGCAUCUCUCAGAUCCUGAAGAAAGCUCAUGACAGCAGAAAGACGGCUGAGAACGCCGCUAAAGACUUACUGACGCGACUCGACGGCAGCUGCGGCGCUGUGUUUGCAGUUACUGGCUGCAGCGUGCAACCCUGGGAAAGCCUGUCGUCCAAUAGUCACACCAGCACCACCAGCUCUACGGCGAGCAGUUGUGACACAGAUUUCUCUAAAGAAGAUGAGCAGCGUUUGAAGGAUUAUAUCCAGCAGUUAAAGAAUGACCGUGCGGCUGUUAAACUGACAAUGCUGGAGUUAGAGAGCGUUCACAUCGACCCGCUCAGCUACGACGUGAAGCCGCGCGGCGACUCUCAGAGACUCGACUUGGAGAACGCCGUGCUCAUGCAGGAGCUCAUGGCCAUGAAGGAGGAGAUGGCGGAGUUGAAGGCUCAGUUGUAUCUCUUGGAGAAGGAGAAGAAAGCUCUGGAGCUGAAGUUGAGCACACGUGAGGCUCAGGAACAAGCGUAUCUCGUUCAUAUCGAGCACCUGAAGUCUGAGGUGGAGGAACAUCAGGAACAGAGAAGAAGAUCCCUCAACUCCAAUGGCAGCAGCGCCGGAGCCAAAGACAAGAGUGGCAAGGACUCCAGUGACUCUCCGGCGAUCAGUCUGUCUGAUCUAAGGAGCUUGAGUGACAGCGACCUCGCGGCUGAACUCACCAGCGCCCUCAGGAGAGAGAAGAAGUUGAAGGGUCGUGUUCAGGAGCUGGUCGCUGCGUUAGAAAGACUCACUAAGAGCAGUGAGGUCAGACAUCAGCAGUCGGCAGAGUUCGUUAAUGACCUUAAACGAGCAAACAGUAAUCUGGUGGCGGCGUACGAGAAAGCGAAGAAGAAGCAUCAGAAUAAACUGAAGAAGCUGGAGUCUCAGAUGAUGGCGAUGGUGGAGCGUCACGAAACGCAGGUGCGAAUGCUAAAACAACGCAUCGCUUUACUGGAGGAGGAGAUGUCACGACCGCACACCAAUGAGACGUCACUAUGAUACACACACACACACACAGCUGAGCUGCAGGUCUUUAAACACAAACACAUUUAGUUAGUCUGCACUGCAGGACAUCAGCGAUCAUCACUCACGAAACGCCUCGCCCAAAGACGAUUGGCUGAUAUCUGGAGAGCACAGCCAAUGAGAGGCCUCCACAAUAUCAGCAAUAGCCAAUAGCAGCAGUGCAGGACAGCGUUUCUGUGAAAUACGACAAUCUUUCAGGACACACGUGACGGACGCUGGAUGGACUAGACGUCUCUUAUAAGUCAGUGUGACGUGACAGCUGUCAAUCAUGCAUCAGAGUAAGAAAUCCUGAUGAAAGCAUUUAUAAAGAGAUGGACUUUAUGAAAUUUUUUUUGUAAAGUGUAAUAUUUGUUACUAUAUUACAGUAUUCCGCUGCAAAUUCUUCCAAACGUUCUCCGAGCAAUCGAGUGAAAUCUGGACAUGAGUCCAGUCGAUCCUUCAGUGUUUUAAAACAAAAAAGAUUUAUGUGGAAUACUCAAUUAACAAUGAACAUUCUGUCAUCUUUUACUCACCCUCAUGUUGUUCCAAAACCUGUAUGAAUUUCUUUCUUCUGUGGUACGCAAAGGGAGAUGUUCAGCAGAAUGUUCACGCCGCUGUUUUCCUUACAAUGAAAGAGGCAAAAAUGACCAAAAAAGCUCCAUAAAGUGGAUAGAGGUGGAUUAUUUGUGACACUUGCUCUAAAUAAAAAAAGGCGCAACAAAUGAAACAGAGUGCAGGUGUCUCCAGAUGUGUUUUUUUUUUUAACAUGACAGUGCAUACAAUUUUUUAUGGCCCUGCGCAAGACGGCGCGCAGCGGUCAAAGACGUCCGUCCAGCACGUAUUUAGAUCGAAAAACAGUGCUGAAAAACACGUUUGGUGUGAACAGCCCCUAACGCAUCUAUUUGCAUUUCUCUGAGUAAGAGCAUGUGCUUGAAACAAGUUAAAAUUAGGGCUGUCGAUUUAACGCAUUAAUUCAGUGUGAUUAAUUAUAUAAAGAAUAACACGUUCAAAAUAUUAAUGCAAUUAAUCAUGUCUCCUGGACCGUAAUAAGGAAUAUUUCUUCCAUCUGAGCGAUUCAAGCUUGUAGUACCACCUGUUUUCGGCAGGGGGCAGUAAGUGAAACUCGCUGUAUAGGCAACGAGCAGCUUAUACAGAGAACAAACCACAUUUACAGACAGCAGACAACACGUCUUGUGUUCAAACACAGCUUGAUGGAGCACAAAUCUGAACGCAGCGAUCUCAAGAUGUGUUUUUGGACUGAUUGACGAAUUCAGUUGCUGUGAAGUGUACGCCAAUGAUAGACUAAUGUUCAAUAAUAUAGAAAUAAACAAUAUAUUGCAUUCUAAAAUCACUUUUUUAAUGCUUCACUUGUGUUCCAAAAUAAUGUAAUGCAUUUUAAUUAUCUGUAUUAUUAUUGGUUUUUUUUUAUAUAUCUAUUUUAUUUAUAAUUAUUUAAUCAUUAUAUAUUGAACUAUUAAGGGGCUUUCUCAGCACAUAUUUAUGUGAUUAUGUAAUUAAUUCGAUUAAAAUUUUUAAUCAAUUAACAGCCCAAGUAUAUUUUAACUAGGGCUGUCAAUCAAUUAAAACUUUUAAUCGAAUAUAUAUAUAUAUAUAUAUAAUAAAAUAAUAUUAAACGUACUGCCCCCUGCCGAAAACAGGUGGUACUACAAGCUUGAAUUGCUCAGAUGGAAGGAAUAGCAGACCUCUACUCGUGCAUAUAUUCCAAGUCUUCUGAGGUCAUACGCUAACUUUUGUGUUACGAUCACACCCAAAUUUAGGUGGUCGUUAAAUAAUGUCACAAAUCUCAAGUUUAAUUCGCGUAUAUUCAAAAAUGCCUUUUGAAGAUGUGUUGCACCAGGUUUGAUGUCAUUGAAAUAUGUUUUAUUUUCCACCUAAGAAAGUCAAUCAUACAGGUUUGGAACGACAUGAGGGUGAUACAAUAAUGACAGAAUUUCAUUUUUAGGUGAACUAUUUCUUAAAGACAGAGGCCAUUUCCAUCAGUUACUUCUCUUGGCAAUAUCGGCCAAUACCUCGCUGUGAAGAAGUAUUGAUUUCCUUUGAUGGUUCAUAUUAUUCUACAGUUUGUCACCAAAGGAGAUAAAUUAUAUUUGUAAAAGAGUCAAAUCUUUACAGGUUUCCCUCGACUCACAUCAGUUUUCCUAGAGAAAUACUGUCAUUCAGUAUCAUAUUUAUGUGGAGCAAAACCACACGCUAACGUGAACUUCAUGCAUGUAAACAAACUAAAUCAUCAUUUGCUGAACUUAUAAAAUCACUCAUAUUUUCUGCCAAGUCUGUCUGAUAUUAAUAUGUAAAGAGUUUCACACCAGCCACCAACCUGCAGAAAACAUUAUUUCACACCACACGUGAUUACUGGUUGUCAAAGCACAUGAACUCCACAUACAUGAAAUAACCAGACAAAUGUGAUGCAUUCAAGUUAAAGCACAGCAGUACAGACUUCCAGAUAUUAAUAGAGUGAACCUCAUGAAAAAAUGAUUACACCUCAAAAUAAAAAGAGUAAAAAAGAUUUUUUGCAUAAUGAAGAAUGUUAGGACCAUUUAAAGGUGCACUCAGUAUUUUUUGUGCUAAUUUGUAAACAAAUAAAUAGUAAUAGUAAGGGACAAUUAAGGAAAAUGUGCAUCAAGAUUGGAAAAAUAAUGCAUUUUUUUUUAUUGAAUAUUGAUGGAGCAAUAUAAUGUAUGUGAAAAGAAAUAAUAACAGAAGGUUGUUUUGAUAAAAGGUGGCAAAGGAGCAUUUUUCCCUCUUUCAACAUUCUUCAUAACAAAUCUAUUCACCCCACUUCAUUAUUAUACAAAUAUUACUGAGUGCACCGUUAAGAUUUUUUUUUGCAUUGUGAUAUUAUAUUACAUUAAUGUAAUACAGAGAAUCAUUUCGUCUGGACACAUUUUAAGCAUGAAGGUGAUACAACAAAAAUCAUACAGAAAUCUGAUAUAUGGCUAUAUAUGCAAAACACACAUAUGAAAUAUUUGUUCACAUUUUUUCAUAUUGGAAUUUGAAUACGUACAUGUAUGCUCAUAUAUACUGUAUAUAUAUAUAUAUAUAUACACAGACAGUAUAUAUGUUCAUAUAUGGCCAUAUUUCAGAUUUCUGUAUGGGGAAUAGCCUACUUAUGUGGUUAAUUGUCAUGAAAAUGUCCCAAUACAAAAAAAAAUCAAAAAAAAAAUUUUAAUUUUUUUUUUUGGAUUUUUUAUUUUUUUUGGGGUGAAAUAUGACCAGUUGUGUUUUUGGUUUGUAUUAAUUUAUAUAAUUUUUUUUUUUUGGGGGGGGACGGUAAAUAUAACAGCUUUUUUUAUUAUUAUUGUUAGUAUUAUUUUUUAUUAUUAAUUUAAUAAUAAGGGAAUAUAACAUGUUUUUGACAGGUUUUGUGGGAUUCACUGAUUUUACAGGUUUUAUUCAUUCCUUUUGAAAUUCCUUUAGCUUUCAGAUUAUAGUAUUAAUUUACAUAAAUCACAACCAGUGUGUGAAUACAAUGGGGCAAAAAAUAUUUGAACAAUAUUUUGCCAAUGUCACAGAAUUAGGUUGGGAAAAGGGCAUGUAUUAAUGUUCGGCAAUCAUUGUUUACAUUAUCACUGAUUUCAGCUUUAACAAUCUCCAGUUCCAGCCAUCUUAAAGCUGAAGUAUGUAACUGUUAUAAUACUGUAAACACUGUGUCACUGUAAAAAGUCCUGUGUUUGUUUCGAGUGACCCACUUAGACCCGCCCCAACAAUGUUACUCAACUUCUGAUGGAACAACAGUAGGCAGAGGGAGUAUUCGGAAAGCUGUUUUGAAAACAUUAUUUUUGCAAUUCCAUUCAGUGUCGCAGAAAUUACGUACUUCAGCUUUAAGAGAGACUUUCUCACAAACAAGUUUAAAAUGAAUCUUUCAAAAGAUGGAAAUUUUCUCAAAGUCGAGCAUCAAAAGUAACUUCGGUGCGAGUGAUCAUGUAGCAGUUGUGUUUGUUUGCAUGCAGAGGAAUGUAACGUUAAUAUCAGCAAAUGUAACAUUUCAUUGUAUGCAAAAAAACAACUAUCUGUUUAAACAAGUUUGAUUUUCAUCAUCAGCAAUGCACACACAUUUGAAUAACACAACUUCAUCCUGAAUUACAAAAAAAAAGCACUUUUCCAGUCUGGUGUGGACUGCAUCACCACAAUGCCUUCUUACAGACUUUUAUUUUUACUGCAAAAUAUCCACGAAAGCUCAGUGGCUUCAGUUUUAUUCAGCACUCAGCAAAUUACAAGAUGCAAAAUGCUGUUGACACUCUUGUUUGUCCAAAACAGUUUUCAAGUAGGUAUUGCUGCAGCGCAGAGAUCUCCAAACAGGGGUGGAGUAAUGCCAGAAGGGGUGUGGUUACUCUAAAAAGGGGUUGGGCCAACUCUUUAAGGGGGUGUCACUUCUACACCCAGUUAGGGGGUCUGUAGCGGUUUGGAGCUCGGCCUACAGCAGUUUUAAGUGUUUAGGUAAUUUACCCUUUGCUAAGCCCCACCUUGAAAUCAUUACCAACCAAUCCCAGCUUGCCAACUGUUGCUUUUGGUAUUUUCUGAUUCACAGACACCUCAGUUUUUAAUCACAUCUUUCAACGUUACACUUCAUUCCAAACCACAUAAGAAUAAUAUCUAUUCAGUUUUAUGACUUUCUGAUCAUGUUACUAAUUGUGACAUUCAAACAACCACCAAGAGGGGCGGAGCUUAGCAAAGGAACGAUUGGUUUUGUGAACUGCCCUUUCAUCAAUGGCGAUUAUGUAUAUGUACGGAGACCCUGAGCUGCACGUUUUUUUUUUUUUAGAUGUCUUAGUGCUUUCUUGAGCCCAAGGGUGGCACGGUGGCUCAGUGGUUGGCACUGUCGCCUCACAGCGAGUCCCAGCUCAACUGGGCCUUUCUGUGUGGAGUUUGCAUGUUCUCCCGCGUUCGCGUGGGUUUCCUCCAGGUGCUACAGUUUCCCCCACAAGUCCAAAAACAUGCAGGUAAAAUUUCCCCAGUAGGUGUGAGUGAGAGUCCCCCUGCCACUGGGGGUUGCAUCAGGAAGGGCAUCCGGCGUAAAACCUGUGCCAAGACAAAUAUGCGGUUCACGGAUGGUCCGCUGUGAUGACCCCUAACGGGAGCAGCCGAAAGAAGUGCCUUCCUGAGCCACUGUCUAAACUUCUUUCUCCAUCUACAAAUUAUUAUUUUUUUGUCUAAAAAGAGGCAACACAUGAGAAUUUUUUUUUGCUUGCUAGCUAACAAUUAGCAUGCAGUACCAACCUCGGCCACCAGGUGCCACAAUCAGUAAUAAUGAAAUCUUAUAAGGUGACAUGACAGCUGUGGUACUUGAUCUGAUGAUGUAUAGUCUCGUACAAGAAUAAUUUGCAAACACAGAAGAAAAAAAAUUAGGACAUAGGUUUAGAAAGGCACCAAGAUUUUUUUCACAGUGCGGUUCAGGGCUUCCAUAAUAAGCAAUUUUCAUCAAUAAUUAUCAGUAAUAAAAAGAGACUGAUUUAGAUGCUUGACGUCUUUAAUUCAUGGGGAAAUAUUCAAGGCAAUAGAAACAUUUUUCAGAAUUCAAAUACGCUCUCUCAUUAGGGCUGUUUUCUGUUUCAGAUGGUUUUAAGUAUAAAUAGGAAGAGGCAGAUAAAUGUGAACAAGUAUUACAGUAAUACAUUACUCAUAUGAGUCUGUGAGUUCUUGCAAGAGUUGGAUGUCGAGUCUCUUUGAUGGUUUUCAGAUCAUUUUCUCUGUGCAUCAGUGAAUAAAAGGACGUAGUUUCUUCACACUCACAGAUUGGGAAUGGUUAGAAGCAGCGGUUUAAAAAAACAAAGACAAGACUACAAGAUGCUUGCCCACUUUGAUAUGCAUAUAUCUGUUGAGCUGGAGAAACUAUAAAGGGGUUUGUGAAAUGUACUUAAUUUGCACAGAUCUUUUUUUUUUUUACAAAGAUUUUUGUCAUUUUUUUGUUUUAUUUUUAUUGAUACAGAAUGUAUUUGUUUAUAUAAUAAAGAACUAAAGUAACAAAUCACA